CAUGGUUUUCGAAGAGCUUGAGAGUAUAAUUGCAGAUAGUCACUCAAACUUACGGUAUACUAGUGGAAAUGGUCUAUGUAAAUGAGAUCACACGGGUCAAACACCAAAGGGAUCGUCAAAGUAGUCGUGGAAAAGGGCUAGGGACUAUACGAUGGCCUUUCUCCAAUUUAGGUGCUUUCAUGAAAUGGAAAGGUAUAAAUUUAAAAUACCUGAUGGAAACCCCAAGCACUAUUGGGACUUGACAUCUAACUGAAUCCUCUCUCACAUUGUCUCAGCUCACUUACUGAAACCUCGCCUUCCCACCAUUACAAUGACCGACUACAUGUCCAAACUCCUUUCCUUCACUCCAACGUACCACACGGACACCUAUCCCGCCAUCGACCCCCUAUCCGGCCCCACACUCACCAACCGCACCAUCCUCAUCACCGGUGCCUCCAAGGGCAUCGGCCGCGCCACCGCCAUCAGCUAUGCCCGUGCCGGCGCCUCGAACAUCAUCAUCGGCGCCCGAUCCCCGCUGGACGCGGUGAAAGCGGAGGUGCUCGCGGCGGCGAAGAAGGAGAAUCGGGACGCCCCAAAUGUCCUGGCACUGUAUUUGGACGUGGCGAGCGAGGAAAGCGUCCAGAAGAUGGUCGCCCAGGUGGAAGCGCAGUUCGGAGAGGUUGACGUGCUCAUCAACAACGCGGGGUAUCUCGAGAAGUGGGUGAACGUGGGCGACACGAACAUGGAUGCCAAGGAGUGGUGGAAGUCGUGGGAAGUGAACAUCCUGGGAACCUAUCUCUGCACGAAGUUCGUGCUGCCCCUGCUCUUGAAGAAAAAGGGCGGGUUGAAGUUCGUGAUGAAUAUGAGCAGCAUUGGCGCAACGUUCCUUGCUGAGGGCUCGACGGCAUACCAAACGGCGAAGUUGGCCGUGAUGGGCUUCACGGAACGGCUGACGAAAGAGUAUGAGAGCGAGGGCCUGGUGGCUGUGGCGGUCCACCCAGGCGGAGUCUCAACGGAACUUGCACGGAAUAUGCCAGACAAAUGGCAUUCUCUCUUAAACUCCGCGGUAGAACUGCCGGCAAACACUCUCGUGUGGUUGGUGAGGGGGAAGAGGGACUGGAUGAACGGAAGAUAUAUCAGUGUGGAAUGGGAUAUGGCGGAACUGGAGGGCAUGAAGGACGAAAUUGUUGCGAAAGAUCUCUUGAAGGCAAAGCUGACGAUGUAAAUAAACGCACAUCUGAAUAUAGACUUUGAAGCUGGAAUAUAUGACCGCGAAAUUUCGGCAAAGGAUCUCUUGAAGGCAAAGCUGAUGAUGUAAAUAAACGCACAUCCGAGUAUUAGACUUUGAAGCUGGAACAUAUGACUAGUGACGUCUUGGCAAAGGAUAUCUAGGGUGAAGGUCAAUGUACAUCAAUGGCAUAUCUGAUCACAUUGGACUUGGAAGCUGUCGGAAAAGGAUUUCUGAAUCGUCUAGU